CUGCAGUCGAUUCGCGUCGUGUCCGGGUCCGUUCUUGUAUCAUCUUCCUCGCGACCAGCGGUGACCGAGUAGAUUCUUUUGCGAAUUCGCUAGAAAAGCUGUAGUCUUCCGACCACCCGUAUUCGCACCAAUUUCUCGUAUUAGUAGUGCCAGUCAAGACCUUUUGCGGCCCAGUAAAGGGAAACAAAUAUGUCGUUGGUAGAAGCACUGAUAACUGAUCCCGUGGUGCUGUCGAUUAUGUCUGAAGUGAGGAAAGCGAAAGGUGUUCACGUAUACCUAGACGAACCCGAUCCGGACACUCUCAAAGACCUGAAGUACCACACGCCAAUUGACGACCUGGAGAACGCGGGUAUCGCAAUGGUUCGCUACACUGCUCUUGUUAAAGCUACACAGGACGCACCAGUCUUUGCUUUGGGGAUACUAGACCACUUUGAUGACUAUUAUGCCGUUGAAGCGGGCAUCAACUCCGAACACAAGGCCUACGGAUGUCUGAAUGAUGGAAAGUCCUGGCAACCGGUAGCCAUUAUAAUCGAUUAUAAGCCAAAGAAGGAUGAUUACAUCGCCAUUUCUAUAAAGUUGAAGACACCGUUUGGCAGUAACGCAGGCGGAAAGACCCCUAUAAACCAAGUGCAGGUCUCAAUGAACAACAAAUAUACCAGGAAGCUUAACUUUACGAACGAUAACCUACGCCAUGUGACUCGCCGGUUGUACUACCACACAACAUCAUUUAAAGGGAUCCAAGUCCUGGAGCAUCAUUGGGAGUACACCGGAAUUACGGCAGCCCUCCCAAGAGAAGCAAAUAAACCUUACAUAAGCCUGAAAUUUGCAGAAGUGUGUCAUCUCAGCGCCGGCGGUUAUGCCGUAAUAGAAGGAAAGUACAAGAAGAUUGACAGCACUCUCUCCGGGAUUCUCAUCGGUGUGGACAAGUCUGGCAGCCCGGAGUAUCAGACAUUCCCCAGCUACAAUGACCCUCAGCAGCUUGUGACUAUCCUGGUCUCUAUUGGCGAGAAGUACUGCGCGGUAUCGAGCGGCUCUAGUCAUGUGCAAUUCAACAAAGUGCAGCCGGGCGACGACUUCGUGUGGCUGGUGGUGAAUAACAUCGACAUCGAGAAACUUGAAAUUCACCGAGGAAUAAAACCUCGCUAACUCGAACACACUAUUUUCCUCACUUGCAAAUAAACGCACCUUCAGAACAUAAUUUUGUAAACAACUAUGUGCCCAAAUAAACGUGUGUGCGUGUAUUAUUAACACACUUCAAUGGC